AUGGGGCUGACCUGGAAGAAGCGGGUCCUCACGGCCCUGCUAGGGGCCGCAGCGGCCUCAGGCCUCACCAUGCUCGUUCUCCUCCUGGUGGAGGCCACCAGUGUCCUCCUGCCUGCAGACACCAAGUUUGGGAUUGUGUUUGACGCCGGGUCCUCCCACACAUCCCUCUUCGUGUACCGGUGGCCGGCAGGCAAGGAGAACAGCACAGGUGUGGUCAGCCAGGCCCUGGCCUGCCGGGUGAAAGGGCCUGGAAUCUCCUCCUAUGCCUCCAAUCCUGCACAGGCUGGUGAGAGCCUGCAGGGCUGCCUGGAGGAGGCGCUGGCCCUGAUCCCGGAGGCACGGCAUCAGGAAACCCCCAUGUUCCUGGGGGCCACGGCCGGCAUGAGGCUGCUCAGCCAGAAGAACAGCUCUCAGGCAGGAGACAUCUUUGCGGCAGUCAGCCGGGUCCUGGGCCAGGCUCCCCUGGACUUUUGGGGUGCUGAGCUCCUGGCUGGGCAGGAUGAAGGUGCCUUGGGUUGGAUUACCAUCAACUAUGUCCUGGGCAUGCUGAUCAAGUACUCCUUCUCUGGAGAAUGGAUCCGGCCUCUGGAGGGGACCCUGGUGGGUGCCCUGGACAUGGGUGGAGCCUCCACCCAGAUCACCUUUGUGCCUGGAGGCCCCAUACUGGACAAGAGCACUCAGGCCACCUUCCGCCUCUACGGCUCUGAGCACAGGGUCUACACCCACAGCUACCUCUGUUUCGGGCGUGACCAGAUGCUGACCAGACUCCUGGCUCGGCUGGUGGAGAGCAGCCCCGGCCCCCUGGUCCGCCAUCCAUGCUACCACAGCGGCUACUGGACCACGCUGUCCCCGGCCACCCUGUAUGAGUCACCCUGUGUCCACACCACACCCCCUCCAGACCUGGCCUGGAAUCUCACGGUAGAAGGAACAGGGAACCCUGGGGCCUGCGUCUCUGCCAUCCGGGGCCUCUUCAACUUCUCCAGCUGUGAGGGCCGAAGACACUGUGCCUUCGAUGGGGUCUACCAGCCCCCCGUGCGGGGCCGGUUCUAUGCCUUCUCCAACUUCUACUACACCUUCUACUUCCUGAACCUCACCUCCAAGCAGCCGCUAGCCACCGUCAACGCCACUGUCUGGGAGUUCUGCCAGAGACCCUGGAAGCAGGUGGAGGCGAGCUCACCAGGGCAGGACCGCUGGCUGCAGGACUACUGUGCCUCAGGCCUGUAUAUACUCACACUGCUGCGCGAGGGCUACGGGUUCAGGGAGGAGACCUGGCCCGACAUCGAGUUCCACAAGCAGGCCGGUGGCACUGACAUUGGCUGGACGCUGGGCUACAUGCUGAACCUGACCGGCGUGAUCCCGGCCGAGGUGCCUGCCCGGUGGCGGGCGCAGAGCUACGGCAUCUGGGCGGCUGGGGUCGUCUUUGCGGGGCUGACUCUCCUGGCUACUCUUGGGGCUGUGGCAGUCCACCUCCUGCGGCCCCGGGGCUAAGCUGGGCUGCCCCAGGCUGGACGGCUGUGCCGGCCAGAGCCUUCCUGAGCUCCUGAGCCCUGUCGGGGCUCCCUGUCCUGAGGGCUCCGGCCCCGUGGGCAGAUGGCCCCACUCGGCCCCCGGGGUGGCUCUCCUCACCCCAGGCCCUCCGGGUCCCCUUCUCCACCACGCUUCCCAGGGGGGCGGGUGACUCACUCCCUGCACCACUCCAGGGCUGUGUGACCGAGGUGCUGUGGGACGUGGGGCCCGGUCCAGCCUGGAAGUGGGAGUGACUGCCCAAGCAAGAGGGGCUGUGGCUCCCUGGGAGACGCUGGCAGUGGGGCCCUGGGGGUCUCUAGGAGAAGGCUGGGCAGAGGCCCAGCUGGUCCCCGGGCGUCGGGAUCCAGGAUCCGGACUCCGGGCUUCCCCUGGAGUGGCAGCCCCACCCCCACCCUCGAAGCCUCCGCCAGGCCCUCCAAGUGUACAAGCCCAGAAUACAGACCACACCUUC